AGGCCACACAAGACCAGUGUCCGCCCGAGUUGACCGGUGAACAGGCUCGACUGGCCGUGGCAAAGAGUUUGGGCCAGGACUUGGACCAGGUGUUUGCCACAUUUGACAGUCACCCUAUUGCCGCUGCGAGUAUUGGUCAGGUGCAUCGGGCAACGCUGCUGGAUGGACGGGAAGUGGUGGUGAAGGUGCAAUACCCAUUUAUUGAGGACAAGUUCAGGGCCGACAUAGCCACAGCCAUGCAAUUCUGCAAACUCGCACAGCCUGCGCAGCUGCCGUUUAUGCGCGAGACGGAGAAGCAGUUCUUGACCGAGUUCGACUACAGGGGAGAAGCAGAGAACAUGCUGGAAAUCAGGUCCAACCUAAUGCAACACUGGCACAAGCAGAUUGAAAUCCCACGCCCUUUCAUGCAUCUGUGCACCAAGGAAGUGCUGGUGAUGGAGUAUCUCCCCGGCAUCUCUCUCAUCAGCGGGGUGCGGCGCCAGCUCAGGGCGAUGGCAGCUGAGCAGGGCAAGACAGCACAGCAGCUGGAGGAUGAGUACCGUUGGGAGACCCAGCAACCAGGCCAUGUGCACAAGGAUCUGGAGCAGAGCAAGCGAGAGUUAAGGUGGUACAACCGGUACCUCACCGUCAAAGACGGGACACUCAACACUCUACGCACCACCUACAACUGGACCGUGGGGUUGGUCACAGGCGAUCACAAACACUGGCAGUACAGCGUGCGGCCCAUUAAUUUGGCCCAAAUCCUGGACACCGUCCUCAAGGUGCACGCACACCAGAUAUUCUACGACGGGUGCUUCAAUGGAGAUCCACACCCUGGCAACAUCAUGCUCCUAGAUGACGGGCGUCUUGGGCUAAUUGACUUUGGACAGGUGAAGCAUUGGUCCGAGGCCACACGCUACCACUACUCUCUGCUCAUCCGAGCACUCGCACAGGAUAAUCGACCAGAAGUAGUGGAUAUUGCAAACAAUGUGCUGGGCAUGCAUACAAAACACGACGAUCCGGAGUGCAUAUACCUGUACAUGGCUU